AUGUCUUUGAUCCAGGUGCAUUCAGCAGUGUCUGGGUCUUGCCUCCUUGAAGUACAAAUGGGAGAUCGAGAUCUUUUCGCUUCUGAUUUUGUGGACGAGUUAAAGGAGCGCAUCUCCUCGAAGACGGGGAUGUCGUGCUUCCGGCAGUUGUUGCUCGUUGACGACAGGGUCAUUGACGAGAGCUUCUCAUGGGAAGGGUUGGGGAGACCCAACAUUGUGAAAGUGGCUUUCCGUAGCUUUGUGGACAACUUCUGCAACGAGCUUCUUGAGGCAGCCUUUCAAGGGAACGGCCAGCACGUGAAGGUGCUCCUGAGACGAUGCCAGGAUCCAAACUCAGUCGACUCCAAUGGGGAAACUGCGCUCUGGAAGGCCUGUGCUGCGGGCCAUUUGGAGGUCGUGCAUAUCAUGCAUGAGGCUGAGGCAGAUCUGGACUUACCGAGGCAUGACGGUUGCAGUCCUCUGUGUGCUGCGAGCUGGCGUGGGCAUUUGGAGGUCCUUCAGUUUCUCCUCCACAGACAAGCGGAUCCCAAUUUGGCGGAUGUGGCGGGCCGCACACCCCUCUUCGUGGCUGCAGACCAAGGUCGCCUGACUUUCGUCUCUUCCCUGCUCACGGCACAGGCUCUCGUGGAUCCAAAGGACCAGUGCCAACGGACCCCUUUGAUGAUCGCCUCAGAAAGGGGGCAUCUGGCCGUCGUCUGCUCACUGCUUGAGGCCCUGGCGGAGCCAGACUGCGAGGAUCUCCGGGGCCGGACCCCGUUGUUCAACGCCGCAGAGCUCGGGCACCGCACCGUGGUCUCCAUGCUUUUGCACCGCAACGCCGAUGCCCAGAAGGCUGACGAACAGGGCCGGACUCCCCUCUUUGUGGCGGCUGAUGGUGGCCACCUCGAGGUGGUUCGGUCCGUGCCUCGCUCGGAAUGCUGGUGCGACUAG